AUGCCGGCGGCGCGACCGCCGCUGGCGCUGACGGCAGUUCCUUCGACGAUCCAGAGCACCAGUGGAGCCCUAUCACCGAGCCGGGGGACGAACGCUGGAACAGCGCGCGUCGAGCACUCGAGGGUCUUACUCGAGGUCCAGACCAUCGAGAGGCGCAUCGUGGAGAUUGGGCGUGAGCGCAGGAAUGACCCUGCGUUGGAGAACCAGAUCUCCGCCUACGUUGGCAGCUUGGCCCAGCAGGAGGUUCGGAGUGAGCUUGCAACUGUGGGUCUUCGGUUGCGCGUUUCCGAGGCCGAAGUUGAGGCUUACCGCGAGAGCGUCGACGAGGACUUCGCUCGCGCCCGACAGUUCUUGCACGCCGAGCAGCAGGAGUACCAGCAACGUAUCGCCGAUGCUCGGCAUGAGGCGACUGUCCACAUCCAGGCAGAGCUCAACGAGUACGUGGUCGAGCGCGAUGCCGCACUGGCAGCAGUCGGCGAGAUCCGCGUUGCUGAGUCGGUCAUAGCCGCAGCUGAGGCUUCUCUUGAAGUCAAGGCUGGUGAAGCUGAGGAAGCACUUCGAGGCGAGGCCGCUGAGUUGCUUGGUGCCCGCGAUCGGCUGCAGGAUGAGUGGCGGCAGGCCGACGCAGAGGUCUGGCGUCAGCAAGGCCGCAACGCCGAGGACCACGCCCAACUUCGCGAGGAGGCCCAGCAGCUCAAUCUGAAGUUGCAGGAAGAGUCCGAGAUUGCCGAGUUGGCUCGCCGCCGAUUGGCGAUUCGGCCCAAGCGCAUGACGGUGGUCUUCGUGAAGGGCUUAGUGAGGCAAGUUGCAGCAGCCCAGGCCGAUGCAGACGCCAGAGUGGCCGCUGCGCAGCAUGCGGAGGUCGAGUACCAGCGCGGCGCUGAUUCGGCCAGGGUUAACUUCUUCGCCAGCCAGGCGCUCCAUCACACCGAGCGGGAUCGCUACUUGGAGGAGAUCGCCGAGGUUCAGACGGAGGCCAGGGUGUUGCGGGCGGAGAAUGCCGCGCUAGCGGAGGCUGCCCAGGAGCUGGUCCAGCUGCAGUCCGCCGAGGUUCAGGGCGACGUGCAGCUUGACGCGGAGGACGAGGACGAGGACUUCGACUUCGCGAGCCACAGACCUGCAUAUCAUCAGCCGCCGCCAGGCCUUCCAGCACGUCCGGCUGCUUUGUCGAGUUCGCCGCCGCCAGACGCAGGCGUCGCUGGGGCGAUGCUAGCGUUCAUGGAGCAGAUGGCCGAGCAGCAGCGGGCAGGCGCCGAGGAGCAGCGUGCGCUGCUGGUCGGGCUUACGCGCGCUCAGGAGAACUUGGCGGAGGCCCAGCGGGAGUCGGCUUCAAAGCUGAAGCCGGCGAAACCAGUCCUGACUGCGUCCGACGCCGCGACUUUGAAGGUGCAGCUCGAGAAGUUCAAGAUCUACCAGAACGAUUCCCUCCAGGCGAGCAAGGCCAUUCGGAUUGAGGGCGCUCGGGCGAUUGCAGAGGGCACGGCGAAGAUCGAGAUGGAGGACUUGAUUGUGACCGAGUUGGGCGGCGAGGACGCGUACCAGGCACUGCUGAAGGAGCGCUCCAACCCCAGGUGGGAGGCGAUCUGGAUCAAGUACGUCCGGCGCUUGAAGGUCGCGGUGCACUUGGGCGACGAGCGCGAGGCGAACGAGGCGGUGCGGAUGUACUCCAGGCUCUCGCUCGCCAAGGACGCCAGCAUCGACGCGGUCGCCAAGUUCUUGAACGAGUACACCGCCGUCCGCACCGACAUGAUCAAUCACGGGCUGCUCACUGACGUUCCGCUGAAGCGCUACAUGAAGAAGGGCGCGAAGUUCGUGGACUACGAGAAGGACCAGGAGAUUGACGGCAAGGACUGCCAGAAGGAGACCAAGAAGCGCGCCGAGGACCAGGCGCCGGCGAGGACCGCCACCACCAAGAAGCGCGCCGAGGACCAGGCGCCGGCGAGGACCGCCACCACCAAGAAGCGCGUCGAGGACCAGACGCAGGCGAGGACCGCCAGCUUCAAGAGCGCCGAGGACCAGGCGCCGGCGAGGACCGCCGCUGCGACGAGCACCGAGGACCAGGUGCAGGCGAGGAACGCCACCAAUAGCGUCGAGGACCAGACGCAGGACCUGCAGAUCGAGGUCCGGGAUGCUCCGCAGUGGAAUUUCCCAGGGGACGGUGAAGAGAUGAAGGUGAUCUCCAAGUUCUCGCUUAGACUGGCACAUUUCAAGAAGCGCUGCCACAGGCUCAAGGCUUGCAAGAAAAUGCUCGGUCGGCGCUCCCGGCAGAUAUUCGUAUCAGGACCUCUGGCAGGCGUCACUUUCGGCAUUGAGGUGCACGGCGCCUCCGAUUACGAACUUCACUCCUACCGUCAGGCCACGGGGGCGGAUUUGACGCCGCCCUCUGGGCAGCGGUCGCCCUCGCGCCUGCUGCGGCUGGGGCGCGAUCUCACUGUGCCUGAGAAGGUCCGGCCUUUGUCGGCGAACGCCGAUGUGUCCGACCCCGAGCAGAUGCCCAUGUGGUCUUGGGAUAUCUUCCAACGCCUAGGGUGUCUCGGGCGAUUCGGAGCACGCCGCGGGAGCUCCAAGUGCCGCGCCGAGUGCUGCUAG